AUGAGUCAGUCAACAAAAUUCUUCAAAAACCAGAGGUAUCAAGACCUGAAGGAGGUCUGCAUUGAAGAUGGCCGACUUUUCUGUGACCCAACCUUUCUGCCUGAGAAUGACUCUCUUUUUUAUAAUCGACUGCUUCCUGGAAAGGUGGUGUGGAAACGUCCUCAGGACAUCUGUGAUGACCCCCGUCUGAUUGUGGGCAACAUCAGCAACCAUCGGCUGACUCAAGGGAGACUGGGACACAAGCCAAUUAUCUCUGCAUUUUCCUGUUUGGCUGUUCAAGCAUUGCACUGGACAAAGACAAUUCCCAGUUCUAGAGAACAAGACUGGGAUCCUCGAAAGCCACGUAACUAUGCUGGAAUAUUUCACUUCCGUUUCUGGCAUUUUGGAGAGUGGAUUGAGGUGGUCGUUGAUGACUUGCUACCCACCAUCAAUGGAGAUCUGAUCUACUCCUUUUCCACUUCUAUGAAUGAGUUUUGGAAUGCUCUGUUGGAAAAAGCGUAUGCAAAGCUGCUUGGCUGUUAUGAGGCUAUAGAUAGCUUGACCAUCACUGAUAUCAUCGUGGACUUCACUGGCACAUUGGCUGAAACUAUUGACAUGCAUAAGGGCAGAUACAGUGAGCUUGUUGAGGAGAAGUACAAGCUGUUCAAAGAACUUUACAAAACAUUCACCAAAGGAGGUCUGAUCUGCUGCUCCGUUGAGUGUUCCAAUCAGGAGGAACAGGAUGUUGAAACUGACUGGGGUCUGCUGAAGGGUCAUAUCUACACUGUCACUGAUGUUCGUAAGAUCCGCCUUGGGGAGAGACUUAUCGAAGUCUUCGGUACUGAGAAGCUGUACAUGAUUCGCCUGAGGAACCCCUUGGGAAGGCAGGAAUGGAGUGGCCCCUGGAGUGACAUUUCUGAAGAAUGGCAGCAACUGACCGUAGCCGAUCGCAAGAACCUGGGCCUUGUUAUGUCUGACGAUGGAGAGUUUUGGAUGAGCCUGGAGGACUUCUGCCGCAACUUCCACGAACUGUAUGUCUGCCGCAAUGUGAACAAUUCUCUCUUUGGCCGCCAAGAGAUGGAAUCAGCCGUGGGAUGCUGGACUGUAAACGAUGAUCCACUGAUGAACCGCUCUGGAGGAUGCUACAACAACCGUGAAACCUUCUUGCAGAACCCCCAGUAUAUCUUCACUGUGCCUGAGGACGGGCACAAGAUAAUCAUGUCACUGCAGCAAAAGGACCUUCGCAACUACCGCAGAAUUGGAAGACCCGAGAACUACGUCAUUGGAUUCGAGCUCUUCAAGGUGGAGAUGAACCGCAAAUUCCGACUUCACCACCUCUACAUCCAAGAGCGUGCUGGGACUUCUACCUAUAUAGAUGCCCGCACUGUGUUCCUGAGCAAGUACCUGAAGAAGGGCAACUAUGUGCUUGUCCCAACCAUGUUCCAGAAUGGCCGCACCAGCGAGUUUCUCCUGAGAAUCUUCUGUGAAGUGCCCAUCAAACUCAGGGAACUGACCAUGGAUAUGCCCAAAAUGUCCUGCUGGAACCUGGCUCGUGGUUACCCAAAAGUGGUUACCCAGAUCACUAUUCACAGUGCUGAGGGUCUGGAGAAGAAGUAUCCCAAUGAACCUGUAAACCCUUAUUUGGUCAUCAAGUGUGGAAAGGAGGAAGUCCGCUCCUCUGUCCAAAAUAAUACUGUUCAUGCUGUUUUUGACAUCCAGGCCAUUUUCUACAGAAGAACCACUGACAUUCCUAUUAUCAUACAGGUGUGGAACAAAAGGAAGUUCUGUGAUCAGUUCUUGGGGCAGGUUACUCUGGAUGCUGACCCCAGUGAUUGCCGGGAGCUCAAGGCUCUGAACCUGCGUGAUAAGGGUGGCCCAACUGCUAAAAUCAAGCCAGGUCACCUCAACUUCAAGGUUAUUUCCAGCGAGGAUCUCACUGAGCUCUGA